UUUCCCACGAACUUAGGUGUCUAUUAUAUCUUACAUUCUCGGACGUAUAUUUUUGUGUUACAGAACUGAUCUGAUCUGAUGGUGAUGACAAGGAGUUUGCCAAACAACUGCAAAGCUGAUGAUUCUGUAUCAAAGGUUUUUAUCAAAAAGCAUAUAGAGAAACCAGCCAAAGGUAAGAAGAAGAGGAACAAGGGUAAAAAGGGGAACAAACCCUAUCGAAUUGGUGAUACAGUGAAUCUGAAGGACCUUCUCUUCACUCAAGAGAGAGACUAUCUAAUCAAAUACAAGGAUGUACAGAUAAAAAAGGAGCAACUGGUUGGCAAGGUUAUUGUUCUACAUUUCGUGUCACUGGUAAAAGGGCAUAACAAUUUGAUACCAGAUCCGGAUUUAAUAGAUAUAUACAAAAAGUUAGAGCCGAAAGGUGGCUUUGAGGUUGUCUUUGUUGCAGUUGGGGAUGGUCUUACUUGCCUUGACACACGAGAAUCGACAUCAACAUAUUCUACUCCUCAACAAUGUUUUGAAGAAAUAUUUUCUACAAUGCCAUGGACUGCCAUCCCAUUCUCAGAUUUAAAAUCCAGGAACCGGCUAGAAAAAUUGUUUUGUAUAGUCAGCGAUACCCGUCUGGAAAUGGAGCCCGUCUCAUUUGUCAUUGACUCUAGAGGGGUGGUUUUGCAAGCUGAUGCUACCCAAGUGUUUUCAAUGUAUGGAUCUGCUGGUUAUCCUUUCACCAAACAAAGGCUAAAGUGCCUUGAUCAUGAAGAUUAUGUUACCAUGGAGCAGCUUUCUGUUAGUACACUCUUGGCCUCUCCUCAACGUGAUUAUGUGAUCACCAACAAAGGAGACCAGGUACCUCUACAUAAGCUUGAAGAUAAGGUGGUAGCCUUAUAUUUUUUUACAGAUAUUUCGAACGUACGCAUCACAUCAAAACUUAAGUUGGCAUACAAAGAGUUGUGUAAAAAAAUGGAAGCUUUCGAGGUUGUGCUCAUUAAUUUACUUUCUAUCUCGUCUGAUACAUGUGAAGAUACAUUCUGGAAAACAUUUGAGGCAAUGCCUUGGUUGGCGAUCCCAUCUAAAGACACAGAUUGUUGUAAGAAGUUGCUGAGGAUCUUUGACAGUACCAUAUGUGAUCCUGGGCCUUAUCCUGUUUCAAAGCUGGUGAUUAUUGGACCCCGUGGAAAAUUCAUUGAACCGUGUGGUGCUAACAUCUUGUGUUGUUAUGGUAUUCCAGCAUACCCGUUCACUCGCUUUAGUGCUGUCAAUUUAAAAAUUGAAAAGGUUAAGGAUGUGAAACCAGAGAUGUUUUGGAAUCUAGAUGCCAUCUUCAGACAACAAAAUGGUUCCAAGGUUCAAUUCUCACAAAUUGUUGGAAAGAGAAUCAUAGUAUUAUUUCAACUUUUUUAUGAUAUACCAGAACAAACAUUGAAGAAGCUAAUAGCAUUGUACAACCAGAUGAAGGGUACAGACGAUGAAUUUGAGGUGAUCCACAUCCGUGAAGAGUCGAAGUGGGGGCAUGUUGGAGCAGUUAUCCCAUGGUUAAUGCAUCCACCUUUUAGUAAUGCCUCGGAUGCUGGCAAAGUCAUGCGUCGUCUUUUUUAUUAUGGUGAAAAUGGGCUUGUUGCAUUCGAUCGUGACGGAAGAAUUGUCAGAAUGACAAGACGCCUUGCAGUUGGGAAGACGGUCUUUCCCUUUUUUGAUGCUGAAAAGAUGGAAGAUGAGGUCCUGCAGGAUAUGCAAGAAGAUUUAUAUGAACCUUUAGAAACCCUUUUAUGUUGCUGUUGGUGAUUUGGAGAAGGAUUUUUUCACAUUUUACUGUAUCCGUUUGAUAGCUAUGAAUUAAUAAUACCUAAUGGAAUAAGGUCUGUUAAUAGUUGGGCUUAUUGCGAUUUACCUAUAUUUAUAAAUUAAUUGCCCUGCAUAUGAAACAUAUAGAUAAAUAUCUCUUAAUUUUUAUAUACUAAUUAAAUGCAUAUGUGUGUAUCUGUAUUAUUCACUUCUAUUCCCCUUCACACAUAUUAUGGUUUCAAAUCAUUACGGUAGUAGCUGUACUAAUCACUUGGAGGUUUCAAAUUAUGGUUUACUGGUUUUGCCAUUGUGUGGAGAAAGGGAAUAAGAAAUUGUGUUGUUUUGCUUUUAGGGAAGAUGUGUUGUUUUGAUUUUAGUACUGCUGCAGUUGACGAGAGUUGGAGUACUAGGGUCCAUAACUUACGCUGUGAGGCCCUACGAGCGUUUUGAUAGGGAUGUGGCAGGGAGGUCCCCUGAUGAUCAGCUAUCUGCGCUUGCUAGCGUUAUGGAUUGGUUGAUUUAGGAGAUGACUACACUUUCUCGUACUGGGAUGAUUACCCGCGAGAGGGAUGCUAUCGGAUAGUAUUGAUAACAGUCAUAUCUACUAGUUGGAUGGGACUCAAUAUUGUUGUAUUACCUUGUGUGUGUUAUUUCCUUUCUGUUAGAACUUUGACCUUUGAACUGAGCUUAUGUGGUCUGUAUUGUAACUUGAUCUAUCUUUUCGUUCACACACUUAAUCUGUGAUGUUAUUUAUAUCGUCUUGUCGCAUUUGUCUAAAUGAGUAUUGUAGUUGAUGAUCAACUAAUACCUAUGCUCCCAGGUUGUAUGUAACCAUAGUACUACAUGUAUAUAUGAUCACAAUGCAUGCUAACUGAUAAUAAGUUUUGAUAAAAAGGUUUAAAUUAUAUUUGUGAUAAAUGCUUGGUAACAAAUAGAUAGAUCACCAAAAUAUAUAUAUAUUUAAAUCCUUAAAAAUGUAGGGUUCAUAUUAAUUGUUGCCGCUUGAUUGUAGUCCAAAUUGAAACAUGUCCAAGACGAAGUUCAAGAAGAUGUCAAGAAAAUGAUGUCUGAGGCUCUGAGCAACUUCAGUUUUCAGCUACAAGGUCACAAAGCUACUCAUCUCCACGUACAAGCCAUUGUAUAGAGAAACCGAGUUUUUUAGCUUCUUGCAGUCCCUUUGGUCCUCAGGGAAGCGGUGUUGUCACUAGAAUAGCUGCCAUGACAACGGAAUCUGUUUACAGGUUCUUGCAACAUCAAUUAGCUAGCUUGGAGCACUGGUCGGGGUACCACCAUCUAUACUAUACUAUAAAAAGCCAACAUAGGUAAUUUCAAGUAAACCGGGUAACUUAGUCUAGGGGAAAAAGGUAAUUCCUGUAUGCUUACCCAUAGAAGAGUAAUAUCAGUGUCAUCACUUAGAUCAUACUGUUUUUGAAGAGUAAGCAAAGCAUCAACAGAACUAUGGUAUGUUGGUUUAUUCAGUAAUUUCUGGCAGAUCCUUUGAUUUGUUGUUAUUAUAUGCUAUGGUUGUUUCAUUUCAAUCAGAACUAUGUUUGAUUUCGUUUAUUGGUAUAUAAGUUUUGGUUCUCUAGGACUUGUAAUAGUGUAGUAAAAUAUUGUGAGAGGAUUUUUUGUUUUUAACUCUGUUGUUUAUGUAGCUGGAAGCCUCAAGAUGAAUUUAAUCCACCUUCGUAUUUAGACUGUUGUGAAUUCCUCAAAAAUGUCUCAUCAGCUUGACCGCGAAGGUUUCAGUUCCACCAUCAAUUGUUGAGCACUGGUUGGCAGUUCCACUUCCUUUCACUUCCAUGUAUGUCUUACUUUGGAUCUCAUCAUAGGCUACCCCUUCCAGAACACCUUCAGCAGUGGCACCAUGUAAUAUCCCAGAGGGAAGUUUUUUUUUGUUAAUAAUGUUUGUUUUAUUUAUCAAGCAAACAUGAAUCACACCUCAAAUUGAUGAUUAAUUCGUCUCUGGAAAUCGUAUAUAGUAAUAUGGUUUUUGUUUAUUUUAAUAUCUGAGUUUUUAAUGGAUAGAUCUUGAAACCAUUAGGACAUUUAAAUAGUUAAACCACUCUUCCUCAUCAGUCAUCACUAAUUUAGUGACUUCUACUAUAGCUUUAAGAUUCAAACGCUGAUGCAAGAGAAGUUUCACUAGCCGAAGCCCUUAAGAUGCAUCUGACCAAGAGCAAAGAAGCUAGAACAGUAAGAGACUGGGAAUCAGUAGAAGAGGAGAUCCAUUUGGCAAUCUCAUCUGGUGUAGAUUCUUCUCCUCAGAUAUAUGCUUUAAAAGCAGAGGCCUCGCUGAAUCUCGGUAAACACCAAGAAGCCUAUACCAUAAUUCAAAAAGGGCCAAACGACACAAAUUUAUGCAUCCAGUUUUUGGGGGCUACUGGUUGUUCUGAUCUAUUAACAACCAAAGCACAAGUUUACAUGGCAGCUGGCAGAUUUGAGGAGGCAGUGGCGGCUGCUCAAUGUGCAGCGAAACUUGAUCCAACCGAGGAGGCAAAAGCUACAGCAGAGAGGGCUCUGGCCUUGCCAUCAGCUCGAUCAGAAGGCAACCAGCUGUUUAAAGCAUCAAGAUUCUCAGAUGCCUUGAAAGUGUACGCUGAAGGACUACAACAUCAGGCACUUAAUUCUGUAUUAUUAUGCAAUCGUCAUCAGCACACUUGUCAGCAAAUUGUUUGAGAUCAGAGUGCAAAGAUCAGAUGAGCCUGGAAGCAGAGGACUCCACUCCAAAGGCUUUGGAAAGGCAUUGAGAAGAAGGCUUGAGCUGCAAUCCUGGUCGCCCCAGUUUGGUGAGCUGCAUAAAAGUUGCACCCUCUUAGCAUAUAUGCAGUACCAUCAACUUGUGGAAAGAGGCUACACACCACUAAAAGGGAGGUUUCAACUGUAAUCAAAAUUGAGGGCACUGAUUGAGCAGAUGAGCUGAAGAAAGGUGUAGUUUAUUAGCAGAACAGGAUUCAUUCAGCUUUCGAUAGGCCGUUAACAAUGUGGGAAAAGUACUGUUUGCACCAUUGUUUUGCUCUUCUGCUAGGAUUCACGCUGCCCGCAAAUGCGGUUUGUAUGAAUAUUAAAGUGGAGUUGUGGUGACAAGAGAUCCCAAGUCAACGCUGAGGUGGACUAGUGAUCUUCGUGAUCGGUUUGUUCAUGCUGUCACUAAGCUUGGUGGCCCUGACACCAUCCCCACUGAAAGCAACAAAUUGAGUGUAAAGACUCUGUCUUUCUGACUUGUUGAAAAACCCCAUGGAUAUUGUCAAUCAGUUGCAGCGACAGUAUGUCGAUUUCUUGUCUUCUCUUUAUUGUGAGGGGCUGCAGAUUCAGAAGCUUCAGGAUGAGAGUAACCCUGAUUUUGUGAAUGAAGUUGUUACUCUUUUCUUUGAAGAUUCAGAGAAGCUUUUGCACAACUUGGCCAUAGCUCUGUCAGUGGACCAGCAGCAUGUGGAUUAUCAGAAAGUUGAUGCCUGUGUUCACCAAUUCAAGGGUAGUAGCUCCAGUCAGAUGAGGACUUGUUACUAAAGCAGCACUGGUGAUGAAAUUGUUGAAGCUCUUAUUGCUAAUAGUGCAACAUUUGAUAAGAAGACAUCAUUUUCACAGG